GGCAGCUCAACUUACUCGCUCGACUCCCUCCCUCCAUCCUCCAUCGAAGCUUGACGACCGUGGACCACCCGGUGGCUGGGCAAAGAAGUGUGGAAGCUGGAAGUUGGAAGCAGUUACAUAUUACUACCGUAUACUACCGUGAACUAUUAUGAUACCGGUAUGUAGGAUCUACACCACCUUACUCGGUCCUGGAUUCCUGGGUAUUUAUGCACAUACCUGUCUGCUACCUAUUCUGGCCGCUGGCGCGAGGCGGAAAUGCGGAUGCUCUUCAUACGGCACAUACGGUACUCAAGGUAGAUACAUGGUACUCAAGACAGUCAUCCGGCCUGAGAUUGUAGUGAGUAUGUACGGUGGAGUGCUCCACCUCGCGCAGUCGCGGUGUCUGCUGACCGUCUCUCUGCAGAACCAGCCAUCCAGCCAGCCGUCCAGUCCAUGGCCAAAGCUGCGAGCUCCACAGCCGCAUCACAGCGACUCGCUCAGAUAUAGUUCACCUCCACACAGGGUACAACGCCAGCCGGCAAUUUCCGUUUGGAAGAUAGAGACCGGCAAGCUACCAACCAAAGCACGGUGUUGGGCAGAGCACUCAGCAGUGUUCAGCGGUGUUCACCCCUCACUCCUCGCGAGUCGCGCACCGAGGAAGCAAGAAUCCUGUUGUCUCCCAUGUAGAGUAGCCACCUUGGCAUGUAUGUACACAGAGCAUGCAAGCCGUCAGAAGUACCGUCGUGUGAGCGUGUGAUUGGAUCUUAGCAUCUCCGAUCGGCGAAGCGGCGAGCGGCACGCGCUGCGAUGGAUGGAUCAAAUGUUGCUUCUUGCUGCUUCGGCAUUCGGCGAGACCUCCCGCACAGGGUAUCGAUCCGCGGUCCGCGUCCGACCGAAAAAGGAAAUAAAGAAAAAGGAAAC